AACCCGGCCCGCCCAUAGAGGAUACCCAGCCUAGUCGGAUGAUAGUCUGAGACGCCAGUUCGCCCUCCCCCCUAACUCGUUAGCCUACGUCCUAGUUUCUCAAGCACCUAGACCUCGAGCUUAGGAUCGGUGUCCUUUAAUAAUAGUUAGCUAUCACCUCGUGCACGAAUUUUGAUUCUACCUCCCUCUGUCGUGCUCACCUUCUCUUGGUCUUGCUGUAGGGACCGUCCGGCUUGUCGUGGAAGCUCCAUCGGGACAUUCGGCCUUAACUUAUCGGACUCUCGCUUGCGGAAAAUGCGCGUAUCAUCUUCUAUCGCGGCAGUGGCCCUCUUGAGUGGCAAGGCCUUGGCCCAAUGCAGGAACGACAGCAUUAGUCUCCUCUCUGGAGAGCCGUCAAGCCGUGAAGAAUGCGCUCCUGGCAUCUUCAAUGCCGUUGCAGCUCUAUGCGGAGACGUUCUCGGCAUCACCGGAAUCCCGACUGUGCCUGUUGUGGUGGAGAGCGCUUCGACCACUAUUACCGAGUCUUUCACCAGCUUCGUGACCACAGUAGUGGUGCAGACUGCGGCACCUGGUCCUGUUGGCCGCCGACAACAGGAAGAAGUUGCUAACUAUCUCACUCUCCCGACCCUAGCUGUUGACAGCCCGUCGCCAUCCCCCUUUAGUGCUUGCCCUACAGUUACAAGUCUCCCCACAGAGACUUCUCUCGUCAACGCUAUAAGCUCUGCCUGCAGCUGUCUGAGCCUGAGCAUACCCCCCACGGUUACUUCUACCGCCUUGAACAUCAUCGUGUCUACCGAGACCGUUACGUCAGCCGUCACGUUAACCAGGACCGCUACCACCGGCGUGACGCCGACCGGCGCAAACGAGCGCUGCAGCGUCGGCUACAAGACGGGCGGCAGCGGGUCCGGAAACAGUGUGAUCAGUGUAGAGGCCGUAUCGAACGAGGACUGCUGUGAGCAAUGCCACGGGCUACAGAACUGCGUCGCGUCGGCGUACACAGGAACACAGUGCCAACUCCUCGUUAAGCAGGUGCCGGAGUCCGGUGCGGCGACGUCUAACCAGUGCCCCCUCGGCGUGGAGAACUACAGCUUCGGUGAGGUCGGCGGGAUCGUGUAUCCGGGGCCCUGUGGUGCUUAAUUCGCGCAUAGAGGGACGAGGAGAGGGUUGGGGAGAGGAGGACGUGGCGAGAGGGAGGA